AUGUCGCCUAUCGAUCUUGCCAACGAACUUCAAACUCUCGUCGCUUCUACGUACUCUGGGGACGUCACCGAUCCUUUCAAGUUGUACAAGGCAAGGCACAGCAUUUCAGACCUCUGUCUAUCGCUUUUGCGCGCCGUUCAAGGCCCCGAAGAAUACACAGCAAUCUUAGCAGAAUCCUGCCAAGAGUCAUCUGCGUUAAACGUCGUCGCGUCUUUAGGCGUCGCAGAUCACAUUGCCGAGUCUCCGAAUGGAGAACUGACCCUGCAGGAACUGAGCGAGAAAGUCAAGGCAGACGAGAAAUACCUCAGUGUCGUUCUUAGCUCUCUCGUUUAUCACGGAUACUUCAAAGAGGUCGGCGGCUUCGGUUCCCAAGUAUACGCCAACAAUGACUUCAGUAGCUUGCUCCUGUCGGAAGAAACAAAUGCCAAAGGUGGCAAGAGCAUGAAGGACGCCGUCGGCCUAUCGGCCGAUGAUGGAGCCAAAGCGACCACCCGUUUGUUAGACGCUGCAACGGGUAAAGCUAAAGGCGAAGCAAAGACUGCGGCAAAUAUUGCUUUCGACUUCAGCGAAAGCCUCUUCCAAUGGAUGGCCUCUCCCGGUAACGAAUGGCGAGGAAAGAGGACUGCCAAAGCUAUGGUUCAACUUCACGGCAUGGCCAACGGAGGAAUUGGCGAAGAUUACCCAUGGGAGAAACUCGCAACACCGAUCAUCGAUAUCGGAGGCGGUAUUGGUUCAUUCCAGGGAAUGCUCCUCGCACUUCCCAAAAACAAGGAACUUACCUUCACGAUCUUUGAUAUCGAAAAAACUGUAGAACAUGCCAAAAAGGUAUGGGCGGGUAAACCACAAUGGAUGCAAGACAAAGUGUCCUUUAUUGCCGGAGAUUUCAUGAAGUCGUCACCCAAUGACAGUAAAAUUCCUACUCCGGCACAAGGAGCAGGGACCUAUGUUAUUCGCCACGUUCUUCACGACUGGGACGAUGCACAGGUGGUCACCAUUCUUAAACACGUACGCAACGCGAUGCUAGGGUCUCCCGCAUCUACACCACCAAAGCUUCUGCUUGUAGAGAUGAUGCUCAAUGAGACUUCAUCCCGAUUUACUCGAACUACUUCCUUGCAAUUGCUAUCUCUGAACGGGGGUAUAACACGUACUGAAGGCAAGAUAAAACAGCUCAUCAAGGAAGCUGGUUUUACCGUCGACAGUGUUACAGAAGUCAGGGGUGUGGACUUAGUGGUAGAGUUGAGUCCAGCAUCGUUGUAA